AUGAAGCUAAAUCCGGCAAAAUGCACCUUCGGCGUCACGUCUGGAGAGUUCCUAGGUUACAUUGUCACCCAGCGAGGCAUCGAAGCAAAGCCCAAACAAAUAACGGCUAUCCUCGAUCUCCCUAGUGCGAAGAACACCCGCGAGGUUCAGCGUUUAACCGGAAGGAUUGCGGCACUGAACAGGUUCAUCUCAAGAUCCACUGACAAAUGCCUCCCGUUAUAUGAGCUCUUGCGAGGAAAUAAAAGAUUCGUUUGGGACGAAAAAUGCGAGGAAGCUUUCAAUCAACUGAAGCAUUACCUAACGACACCUCUAGUUCUGUCGAAGCCCAAGGUCGGAGACACUCUAUCCUUAUACAUUGCCGUCACCUCUUCGGCUGUUAGCAGCGUCCUAAUACGAGAAGACUAUGGCGAACAGAAACCUAUUUUCUACACCAGCAAGCGGAUGACGGAACCGGAAACGAGAUACCCAACCUUGGAAAAUAUGGCCCUAGCUAUCAUCACCUCGGCAAGAAAAAUCAGACCUUAUUUCCAAUCGCACACUAUCGAGGUGCUCUCCAACCAGCCCCUCAGGACGGUAAUGCAAAACACCAACCAAUCGGGAAGGUUAACAAAGUGGGCUAUUGAGCUUAGCGAACACGACAUCAUGUACAAGAACCGCACAGCUGCUAAGUCGCAAGUUCUUGCUGAUUUCUUGAUCGAGCUAACGCCGGAGUUAGAACAAGAUCUUGUGCUGCCAAGUCUGAGCUGGAUACUGCACUCGUUCAGUUUUGAUUUUCCGGCAUCCAACAACGAAGCCGAAUACGAGUCUCUCAUCGCAGGCCUUCGUCUCGCCAAAGCAGUAAAAGCUAAACGGAUCAACGCAUACUGUGACUCCCAACUCGUGGUAAGUCAAUUUCUCGGAGACUACGACGUCAGGAACGAUAGGAUGGAUGCUUACUUGAAACUCGUCAAAGAUCUUACACAAGAUUUUGAAUUCUUCGAGCUAACGAACGUAUGUGCAGACGCACUCGCAGCCCUUGGGAGUAAGCUACACGAUCAGGUGAAAAGCACAAUCCCAAUACAUAGGAUUGAAAAGCCAAGCAUCAGCCCCCCGACGGAACAACUUGCCAUUGCAGCAUCUAUCGCCGACGCCAUGGAUAUCGAUGAAGAGGAACCUCGCACAACGGAAGAGCAACUCGAAGAUUGGCGAACGGAAUUCAUCGCUUGCCUAUCUGACGGGAUACUACCUACAGAGAAAUGGGAAGCAAGGCGGCUCAAAAGAUGCAGUGCGCAUUACGUCGUCAUGGAUGGAACACUCCAUCGAUGGACUGCAACCAAAGUACUCCUUAGGUGUAUCUUUGGAGACGAAACAAGGCUGGUCAUGGCCGAAACACAUGAAGGAGCAGCAGGCAAUCAUUCAGGAAGACGAGCUCUCGCACUAAAAGUGAAAAGCCUCGGCUUCUAUUGGCCAACAAUGAACGCAGAUUGCGAAUCCUAUGUCAAGAAAUGCGAUAGGUGCCAGCGACAUGCUUCAACCAUACACAGCCCGACAGAAUUGCUCCACACCUUGACGGUGCCAUACGCCUUCAUGAGAUGGGGAAUGGAUAUAAUCGGGCCAAUGCCGAGUUCUCGACAGAAGAGAUUCAUCCUAGUCUUAACAGAUUACUUCACUAAAUCAUAA